AACGGCACAGUGUGGGGCGACCGCAUGCUUCUCCCUGAGUGACAGGAUCUGUACAGACUGCGCAGUGUGCUUGUGUCUUAGCCGCAACUGAGCUGGAAGGCCACGCCUCCGCCGCCUAAUUCUGCACCAUCAGGAGUUGCUGAAUGAAUGUGCCAUUCAUCCUUUCAGUGUUGUUGUUGAUGUUGUUGCGGUCGUCCCCUGUUUGGACUCUCAUGGAUAAUGCAAUUGACAGGCGGCUCUCGUUCAGGAUAGGCACAGAGGGGAAAAGGGGGACGGACAUGACAAGUGAGGACGUCGCCCUCGGAUUUGUGCCCUUGGGACCUUUUUUUCGCAAAUGAGGACCUUUCAGCUCGGGGAAAAAACGAGGUUCUGGAAGAAACCCGCGGCGGGAGGUGUGACUGCAGUGUGGGGACCCGAUGGGCGCCAAAUUUACCAUCUGCUGCUGUCACUUCUACCUGAAUCCCAACAGAGAUGAGAAGAAGGCUAUUUUGCGCGUGCGCACCGCCCCGCCACCCAGACCUCCGGAGCCGCUGUCUAGUGAGCCCAGCGACAGUGACCCCGAGGAGGAGAGCCUUAUCGGCCGGGAGCCUUCGGAGUGGAACCUGAGGGGCAACAGGCAGAGCCAGAGGGGCACUUGUGAUCCACGGGCCGGCGCCAACGUGAGGCGAGAGUCGGACAGAGAGCUGCAGGCCUUCAUCAGCAUGAGGGACCAGGCCGACAAGGCCACAGAGGGUCAGAGCCGGAACAUGGCCCGCAGAGUCCACGGAGGAAAGGAAUGGGAGAAGCUGAAUUACGACAUACACACUCUGCGCUACGCCAAACGAGAAGUCCGAUCCCGCUGGAAGAAAAUCCUGCUGCAGCUGGGUUACCAGUAUGAGGUGGAUGACAUGCUGUAUGUGAACAAGCAGCGGAGGAUCAGUAGAGAUCAAGAGCAUCUGACCAGAGCCACAGAACUGUUGAAACAGCUGCUGGAGCACACCUCUCUGUUCCCCCCUGGAACGGAGCCCAAGAACAGAUACCUCUAUGUCAUGGACAGCCUGGUGUCACUGGACAGUGCUGAGGAGUUUGUCAGACUGGCCAAAGAAAAAUAUCCCAAGCAAUGACGGUGAGAGGCGGUGAGAGAAAGACGAAGAAGAAGACAUACUGUACAGGCCGAGAAGAAAAAUGAUUAAAAAAAAAGUUGAGAGAUGCUGCACACUCACAAAUAUCCUCACACAUACCUGCACACAUGUAUUUGUAAAGGCAAAUCAAUGUCUGCUCUUUGACAUGACCGUCGAUGGAACUUAUUUAUUUACAUUGGAUAUUGGAAAGUUGCACUUUUUUUGACCAUAUAGUUUGUAAUGCUGCAUAAAAAUACUGUGUAUUGUAGUUUUUUCAUUUUUCUUUUUAAAAGUAGAAGUCUCAGUGUCACGGCCUUUCUCCUUUAUAUGAAAUAUGAGACGAUCAAUUUAAACACAACUGGUGUUAACCAAUGAUGCUGAUGAUAAUAACCUGUAUGAUUUUUUUUUCCCUGUGAUAAGUUGUUUCUUACUCACCUACUAAUAAAUUAUAUUUGAGAUUCA